AUGUUCCUGUCAAGAUCCCACUGUUCUCUGCGCCCAGCACCGUUCGCCUCAACUCUGCGAUUGCCCGUUGCUGGCCGUGGCAGGCGUGCAAUGUCGUCUCACUACACGCUUGACACAUACCUAGUCUCGCCGGCUGAUCUCAAUUCGGCAUUGCAGAAAAAUGUAUACAGCAAACUCUCCACAGCGCCGAGAGUCAUCCCUCUAUGCGCCUCGUGGUUUCUCCCCAAUGAUGGACGAAAUGGCUACGAUACCUACGUUGCGCAACGCAUACCGCAUGCACGCUUCUUCGAUCUCGAUGCUGUCAAAGAUCCACAUUCGCCAUAUCCGCACAUGUUGCCUCCACCCGAGCUGUUCGCCGACGCAAUGAGAAAACUGGGUAUACGAAGAGAGGAUAGCGUCGUCGUAUAUGACAGCAAGGAGAUGGGUAUCAUCUCCGCACCGAGAGUAGGCUGGACGUUGCAGGUCUUUGGACAUCCCAAUGUACAUGUACUAAACAACUUUCGCAAAUGGGUUGAGGAAGGGUAUCCGACAGAAAGCGGCGAGCCCGAGAAAGUGUCUCCAGUUGAUUAUCCAGUCCCUGAAUUAGAGGCCAGCAGGGUGACCGCGUUCGAAGAGGUGCGGGACAUCGCGAAGGAGCAGGGUAAGGAGGGCGCCGAGGAGGUUCAAAUUCUGGAUGCACGGAGCUUGGGACGGUGGAAGGGCACUGAUCCAGAGCCUAGAGAAGAGUUAUCUUCCGGACACAUACCGCAUUCCAUUUCGGUUCCCUUUACCGAUCUUCUUGACCCAAAAGACAAGACCAUUCUACCAGCUUCUGAACUCAAAGCGGUCUUCAAAACAAAAGGCGUCGACCCUUCCAAGCCUAUCGUGAGUAGUUGCGGUAGUGGUGUUACAGCGGCGAUUGUCGAUGUUGCACUCAACGAAGCUGGCUUUCCCACCCAGCAAAGGCGGAUUUACGAUGGUAGUUGGACUGAAUGGGCACAACGUGUGAAGCCAGGUGAAGGCCUGAUCCGAAAGUCAGAAUAG